AUGUCCGAUCGCGACGGGCCAGGGUCACGACCCCCGCGCCUGGGCACGUAUCAACAGAUCGUGUCACUGAAAAGAAAGCCCAUCCAGGCGAGGGCGGGACCAUAUCAUCAAGCCGCCCAAACCGAUGACCAAGCGGAAAUUGAGGAUGAAGAUGAGGCCGUGUCGGUUCCGACACCUUACGGGUCUGAUGCCGGGGUAGUUGCAGAAAUCGCGUCAACUACUACUACUCAGUAUUCACUGGCGCCUCCCGCCAAGUCGCCACAGAGUUCUCGCUCGAAUUUGUGGAUGCCAAUAUGGCUUAGCCCAGCCGCUCUCAUUGCCUUUGCUGUCACUUUUUUUCUAAUGUUACUGACCACAGCUUUACUGUAUCAUUUUUCUGAGCAAGGCAACGGCAUUAGUGCUCAACGAGAGGCGAACCACUAUGCCUGGAAGUACGGCCCUACUGCAGUUCUGGUUGUAGUAGGAGCUUUGUGGCGGCAAGUCGAUUUCGCAAACAAGAUCCUGACACCUUGGGAAGAGCUCAAGACAGGGCCAUCAUCGGCUGAUAAGACUCUGCUCCUGGACUAUAUCUCUCCUAUACUACCUGUUAGCCUCUGGAUGGCCAUCAAAAACAGACAUUGGGCCGUCGUGAUAUCUAUUGUUGGCCAAUUGUUGAUACUGGGCACUACGGUUUUUUCAACUGGUUUCCUCAUAUUGGAACCAACUACUUUGACCAAAACCGACGAAACUUUCCAGCUAUCGUCAAAAUUUCAGCUUAGCCAAAGUGUAAACCCAAAAAACGCCUGGGACGUCGGUCCUGGUCCAGCACAAACUUACUAUGGAAUAAAUUUUUACGGACUGCGUUUCCCAGCCGGAACCAGCCAGGAUUUCGUCGUACCCGAGUUUCGGGUGCCGUCGGGUGCCGCAAGUGGUUUCGAGUAUUCGGUGUCUACGGAUGGCCUCCAGGUCAACUAUGAUUGUGAACUCCUUCCGAUUACCAAUGGUACAGAAGCCUCCAUGCCAUGGCGUAGCAUUAUGGCUUCAUUCAUUGUUGCCAACGUUACCACCAAAGAUUGCGAGAUUAAAGGAGUCACCAUGGCUGAGGGUGCUGAUCAUAGUUACUAUCACGACCCGAACGCGACACAGAACUACCAGGCUCGGUUUGAUCUCUAUCCCUGCAACGUGGAUUUUGAUUUUAGUCGGGGUUAUAUACCACCGGAAAAUACGACUCUUGAAGACCAGAUAUACAACCCCAACAACGAUAUGCGCCUGUUCAUGUCCGUGGCUGAUGUCCGCAUCGCGCCAUCCAGCACUCCCAACCGGUACCUGUAUCUCCAUAACGUUACGACUGCCCUUUGUAAACCCACUUAUGAGAUUCUCCAAUUCAACGUCAGUGUUCCGAGCAAUGUUAAUGGAUCUGCUCAAGCUCUCUCCUCGACACCGCCAGCCAAGAAGCAAGUCCUUCAAUCAUACCCUCCAGGAUCACUUGCCAUGGCAGUCACAGACACUACUAAUCGCUGGGAUUUGGGUACCGGAGGAGUCGAUUAUGUUCUAUCAACCACUGUGCCUACAUUCUUUCAGCUCAUGUCAAAAAAAGCUGGAUUUCAAUCUAUUCGAAAUUUCAUGGAUCCAGAACUUCUCAUAAGUACAGGAACCGAAGUCUUCAAGGGGAUUGCCGCUCAAGUAUUACAUGAGGUUCUUGUUCAACCAGCGAACCGUACUACUACGGGAAGUAUUACCUACACAGAGCAGAGAUUGCACGCGAAAGCUCUCUCGACUGGAUUCAUGUGCAGCUUUCUUGGACUGCUAGUCAUAUUGUCUCUCUUGAUGAUAUUCGUCCGCCCUAGCUUUUCAGCGCCUGACAAGCCGGUAGCAGCUUUCUCGACGGCUACUAUACUCGCGUCGAGCCCUGAACUUGACAAAAUUCUGUCACCUAUGGGACAUUUAAGCAAUGACAAGCUACAGCAACGCCUUGGAGACUACCGAUUUCGAGCGGAUCAUGUCUCAAAUACAGAUUCAGGUAUAUACAUUGAGCCAAUCCAGCGCAAGGAAGGGCAAACGUAUACCGACCAUGUUACGGAACAAGGCCAACGUCAAGUGCCUUCAUGGAGACCAAUGGCCAGCACCACCUGGUUCCUUGUUCUUGCGAUUUGUCUCCCGCUGUCUAUUAUUGCGUCACUAGAAGUUGUUCAACAUUUUUCAGAUAUAAACAAUGGAUUCAUCAGUAUCAACAGAUCGAGUGCACUUGCAUUUGCUACUUACAUCCCUUCAGCCGUUGCGCUCGGGGUGGCUGGUCUCUACUCUGCUAUGCAAAUGAUGACGGCAAUUUUUGCUCCUUUUGCUCCUUUGAAAGGGGGAAAGGCCAAUGCAAAAAGGACAGUUGAACUAAGUCUUGUUGCCCAGCUACCUCCUCAUUCCUUAUUCUUGUCGCUGAGAACGAGGAAUUUUGCAGUAGCUAUUGCACUCUUUGGUAGCUUUAUUGGAAGCUUUCUAUCUAUUAUUGUAUCAGGCCUCUACAGCGUUAUUGAAGUUCCAAUUGUCCAAACAGUUGCACUUCAGCAAGGUGAUGUGUUCAACUUUAACAAUGUCGACCUUUCUCUGACAGAUAACGAAGCUGCUGCCAUUGAUAACUUGGUGGAAUAUCUAGGCUUGAAUAGCACACAAUGGACAAAUGGGAACCUUGCGUUCAAUGCACUCAAGCAAGAUGUGACCUUCACGACGAAUUCAAGCGCAGAUGUGCCACUGACAGUUAACGUGCCUGCAGUGAGGCCAUCACUAAACUGUACUUCGAUACCCAACGAUCUUCGCAAAGUAACAAUAUUCAAUCAAGAAAAUGAAGAAAGUGGUACAAUGAUGUUCCAAAUGCCCGGGCAAAACGCUAUGGUGUCUCCCUCCGAUGGCUAUGUUUGGGUUGGCGUUAACACAACUCUAAAAUAUGCUGAAUGGUGUGAGACUGCUCCCAAGGGUAUGAAGAGUCAAGAACCAUGGAUGCAGUAUUUCCUCCUUCCCAACGAUACAAGCAUGGCUUAUGUGGGUAAGGCCUCCAUCCUCACAUGGGGUGGCGGUCUGGUUUACGGUGAUGGAGCGGUAGACACAAACCCAACACACGGACAAGCGGCUGACGGGAUCCAAGAAACUGACAAUGGAUGCCCCACAUUUGCCGUAACAUUCGGCCAAAUGAAAUUAAAGAAAUCGGGCAAAGGAUCCAAGAGCAAAACUAUCGGCUUCGAGCAAGAUCUUGCCACUCUGAUUUGUUACCAAAAUAUUGUGCAGGUCAUGACCAAUGCCACAUGGCAACUUCCCAACUUGUCAUUUGAUCCUACCCAGCUUCCUAAAGCGAAUGAGAGUACGAAAGAACUCUUGAAAACGAGUCGCGGCAGCGAACGAUUUCCCUUUUUGCCGAAUGCCUGGUUAAACGGCCUCAGCAAUCCGCUGAUCAACCAGACAAUUCCUGGCCCGAACAAUUCUAACUCGUCGAACAAUUAUAUCGAUAAUUUUAUUGAGGCUCUAGUUAUGACGAAGAAUGGUCGACCAGCAGAUGAGCUCGCUGGAGCUGCGAAUGUCGAAAAUCUCAGAAACGCCACUCAGCGACUCUACGGGAGAUAUAUGGCUCAGGCCAUUUCUCUGAAUAUGCGCGACAACAGUACUGCUAAAAAUCUGCCUAUGUAUAAUGGCCAGGUGACAAUAUCUGGCAAUCAGAGGUUGCAGCAAUCUAGCGGGUCCAAGAUUGCGCUUCAGGUAGUGCUCGCAGUGAUGGCGGCGUGUGCUAUUGCAACAAGACUGCUUUUGCCAGUACGAGAUGUGUUGCCACAUAAUCCUUGCUCGAUUGCUGGGACAGCAACGUUGAUAGCAGGGGGGGAGAUGGUGUCUCGAAUUGCUGAUAACCGGAUGGAUAUGGACGACUUGCUCCAUAAUGGGCUAUAUAGCUUGAAGUGGUGGCGGGAUGAGAAGGGUGCAGAACGAUAUGGCAUCGACUUGGAGCCGAAUUUAUAG